AUGGCGGUCGAACUCAUCGUUGGCUUAAAGAGAGAUACCCGGCUGUCACCGGCGGAUGCGCUGCGGAUAAGUGAAUGGCAGUAUGCUGUAAACUCACAUAGCAACAAUAAUGUGCGGAGAAGUGUGGUUCGAAAUGAACUCGAAACACAGUGGGACGAAGUUCAACGACACUUUGCUGACCACAUCGAAGGACGCAAAGUCGAUGUGGUUGUAGGUCCGGUCGAGCGCUAUACUGCCCAGGAACAGGCCCUCCCGCGAGCCGCGCAUCUGACUGAUGCGGGCUUUGUGCGCCUCGAUCCGCUUGACAAAUUGCACGCCAUCAUUGUCGUAGUACCAGAAGCUGAUGCAGCCAUCGUCGCUCCCGGUGGCGAUGUAGCGCGUAGGUGCGCUGCAAACUACUGCAAACAAUGGUCAAACGCUUCAACGAGACAUACCAUGUCUAACUGUCGCAUUGUGCACGAAGCUGCGCUCAUAUCGGCUGGCGUCAGGGAGAUGCUGCAGGUAGAUAGAGUCGUUGAUGUCGACUGCAACGGUUUGCAAAUGAUUACUCGUAACAUACCCUUGCGCUUGCGAACGGUCUUUUGA